AUGAGGGAAAUAGUGCAUCUUCAAGCCGGCCAGUGCGGAAACCAGAUUGGAGCUAAAUUCUGGGAGAUCAUUUCUGAAGAGCACGGCAUCGACCCCACUGGCGUGUACCGCGGCACCAGCGACCUGCAGCUCGAGCGGAUAUCCGUCUACUACAAUGAGGCCUCUGUUGCGACGGCGGAGAGCGGCGGAAAGUAUGUGCCAAGGGCCAUCCUCCUCGACCUCGAACCGGGCACUAUGGACGCCGUGCGCUCAGGUGCCUACGGCCAGCUCUUCCGUCCGGACAACUUCGUAUUCGGUCAAUCCGGCGCCGGCAACAACUGGGCCAAGGGACACUACACGGAAGGCGCCGAGCUGGUAGACGCGGUCCUCGACGUCGUUCGCAAGGAGUGCGAGAACUGCGACUGUCUCCAAGGCUUCCAGCUCACGCAUUCCCUCGGCGGCGGCACAGGCUCUGGCAUGGGCACACUCCUCAUCUCCAAGAUCAGAGAGGAAUAUCCCGACAGAAUCAUGAACACGUAUUCAGUUGUGCCCUCGCCCAAGGUGUCAGACACCGUGGUCGAACCGUACAACGCGGUGCUAUCCAUCCAUCAGCUAGUCGAGAACACCGACGAGACCUACUGCAUAGAUAACGAAGCUCUGUACGACAUCUGCUACAGGACCCUCAAAGUGCCCAAUCCGACCUACGGUGACCUCAACCACCUAGUGUCCCUCACAAUGUCCGGCGUCACCACCUGCCUUAGGUUCCCCGGUCAACUAAAUGCGGAUCUCCGCAAACUGGCCGUGAACAUGGUACCCUUCCCGCGUCUCCACUUCUUCAUGCCCGGAUUCGCGCCGUUGACGUCCCGCGGCAGCCAGCAGUACCGCGCCCUUACAGUCCCCGAGCUGACCCAACAGAUGUUCGACGCCAAGAACAUGAUGGCGGCGUGCGAUCCGCGCCACGGCCGCUACCUUACCGUCGCCGCCAUCUUCCGUGGCCGCAUGUCGAUGAAGGAAGUCGACGAGCAGAUGCUUUCCAUUCAGAACAAGAACAGCAGCUUCUUCGUCGAAUGGAUCCCCAACAACGUGAAGACGGCCGUUUGCGAUAUUCCACCAAAGGGUCUGAAAAUGUCAUCUACCUUCAUCGGCAACACCACAGCCAUCCAAGAGCUAUUCAAGAGGAUAUCCGAACAGUUCUCGGCCAUGUUCAGGCGCAAGGCUUUCUUACAUUGGUACACGGGCGAGGGUAUGGACGAGAUGGAAUUCAACGAAGCAGAGAGCAACGUAAACGAUCUCGUGUCGGAAUACCAACAGUACCAGGAGGCCACUGCUGAGGACGACACGGAAUUCGACCAGGAGGAUAUGGAGGAGCUGGCGCAAGACGAGCAUCACGACUGA